AUGUCCACUUUCAAGAAAUUCGCCGAUCAGGUAUUCAGCAAACAAACAUUCAGAUACUUGUUUACCACGCAUUUCUGGGGACCAGUGUCAAACUUUGGUGUUCCAGUAGCUGCGUUGUUAGAUUUGAAGAAAGAUCCCGAUUUGAUUUCCGGCCCAAUGACAGGUUCAUUGAUCGUGUAUUCCAUAGCAUUCAUGAGAUACUCAAUGGCUGUGUCACCAAAGAACUACUUGUUGUUCGGAUGCCAUGCUGUAAAUGAAGUUGCUCAAUUGGCCCAAGGAUUUAGAUGGGCUAAUCAUCAUUACUUUAGCGAAGACAAGAAAUUGGAAGAUGUGUCUCCAAAGGUUGCUUGA